CGGAGAUAAUGGCGAUGAAACCGGAGGAAAGAUAUGGCCAGGGGCUGGGAUCCAGGGGAGGCAAGGUGGCCUAAUUUCCCAACGUCCGAUAUAAUAAAUUCUUACGGGCUCGGCGAUGCAUGCCAAUCGUGUUGCCAGGGAGAUUAUCCUCUUCCGCUCUUCCGUGGGAUAUGAAUACCUUGGCGUCUUGAAUGCUCGGACAGCUGUUGAGGGCAGCUCUGGGCAGUCUGCCAGCACUGGCUGGCAGUCUACGUGGCACAGGAAAUGUGGCAUCGUGCCGCUUCGCCUUCACUGCCGGCCCCAUGUGGCCAUACUAAAUGGCCAUGCAUCGCCUGAAGAAGGUCGUGAGGGCGAAGCUCCACGCCAACACCCAAGCGACCAAGGCAUCCGGGAAGCCGUUGACAGACGGCCGGUGGCCAGGACAGAACGAGAAAGUGCCAGGGCUAAGAAGAUCGGAUCGUGUUUCGCCUUUGCAGUCGCAGUCGUACAGCAUUCGCCGUCGGCCGCAGAUGUACGACUAUCCCAUUCCUCGACCGGACGGGAGCAUCAUCUUCCCAGAGCGAGACUGAACUUCUGGGCUGGUCAGUCUCGUCGGUACCAUGUCCCGGACGACAGGAAGCUCAUCGAGCUGGCCAGGCCGUACUGUGAUGGGUUCAUGCAGAGACAUUAUACCGGCGGGGGGGAUAGUGGUGCGUAUGAGUGA